AUGGAAUUGGAAAUGUUAGCUUGGGACAUUGAGGGCUAUACAUUUCUUCAGAAAAUUCUUCUUGUUUUGCUUUGUGUUAUUUUGUUUUGGAAGAUUGUUAGAUACAUGUUUUGUCUUCUCAAGGAGGAGAAGGAACCAAUCACAGUAUUGGUCACUGGUGCUGCAGGGCAAAUUGGCUAUGCACUUGUUCCAAUGAUUGCAAGAGGGGCAAUGCUGGGCCCAAAUCAGCCUGUGAUUCUGCACAUGCUUGACAUUGAACCAGCAGCCGAGGCCUUGAAAGGGGUGAAGAUGGAGCUGAUUGAUGCUGCUUUUCCACUUCUUAGAGGUGUUGUUGCUACUACUGAUGUUGUUGAAGCUUGCAAGGAUGUGAACGUUGCUGUGAUGGUGGGAGGAUUCCCCCGAAAGGAAGGAAUGGAAAGAAAAGAUGUGAUGUCUAAGAAUGUUUCAAUUUACAAGGCUCAAGCUUCGGCACUGGAGAAACAUGCUGCAGCAGAUUGUAAGGUGCUGGUGGUUGCCAAUCCAGCAAACACCAAUGCUCUCAUUUUGAAAGAGUUUGCUCCUUCAAUCCCUGAGAAGAACAUCACCUGCCUUACACGACUUGAUCACAAUAGAGCCUUAGGCCAAAUCUCUGAGAGGCUAAAUGUUCAUGUCAGUGAUGUGAAAAAUGUCAUCAUUUGGGGCAAUCACUCCUCAACCCAAUAUCCAGAUGUCAACCACGCCACAAUCACUGUCAGCAAUGCAGAGAAGCCAGUCAGAGAAUUAGUAAAUGAUGAUACAUGGCUCAACAAUGAGUUCAUCGCCACUGUUCAGCAACGUGGGGCUGCCAUCAUCAAAGCCAGAAAGCUGUCUAGUGCAUUAUCUGCAGCAAGUGCUGCAUGUGAUCACAUUCGUGAUUGGAUUCUUGGAACUCCCAAGGAAACAUGGGUGUCCAUGGGAGUGUAUUCUGAUGGAUCUUAUGGUAUCCAAGCUGGCCUCAUAUACUCUUUCCCUGUUACUUGUGAGAAAGGAGAUUGGACUAUUGUUCAGGGUCUCAAGAUUGAUGAGUUUUCAAGGGAUAAGAUGGACAAAACAGCCCAAGAGCUAAUUGAGGAGAAGACAUUGGCCAAAUCAUGCCUUGAAUGA